CCUUCAGGGACGGCUGGGGCCUCCUCCAUGCGGGGUCUCACGUCCCCUUUGCCCUCCCUCCCAGGGGCCGCCGGAGGAAAGGGCCCCCAAAAGCCCAUCCAGUCGUGGCUUCCUCCCCUUGCCGCCCUUCCUUCUUCAACAGGUUUAAUGCCAGCAAGAGAGGAGGUCCUGCAGCAUCUCCAAAGACCUUCGGAUCGAAGUAUUUUCACUGAACCUGGGACGGCCUCUACAGAAGCAGCUUUUCACCCUGAAGGAACAGCCAUGGAAGCUUUUUGCAGCUCCGACGAGAUGCUGACCAAAGCAACUCAGCUGUGGUCGAUGCUGGAUGACAUGGCGGAGAACAACCCGAAAAGUUACCGACAUUUCAUGCAGCAGCAACUAAAGGAAGCUAACCUGCAUUAUGCUCCCCCGGAGCCAUGUCUGUGCCUGAAGACCUGCAUUUUGGAACCUACCAAAACCUGCCUGUUCAUAAAUCUGUGCCGUUGGAGUAGGAUCUCAGCUCCCAAGUCACCCUCGGAGCCGGUUCUGUUGAGUACUGGCAAAAUGGAGACGCUAUCAGAUAAUUCAGGGAACUGCAGCAUUCUUGACAUCGCAUACAAUCCAUCCGUUCUUGAGCGAGUCGAGGAUAACCCACUGGAGAAGGAUCAGUUCAUCCGCCUGUCACUCAAGUACAUCGAAGAGCAUUUCAACAUCACUUUGUCCCAUUCCUGGAGCCUAGCCAAAUUUAAAUUGAAAGGAAGCCUUGAAAGGAUGAGGGAGAGCCUGAGAAGAGAACAGCCUGCCUCUGCUGUGCCACAGAGGAACCCUAACGAAGGAGUGACACUCAGUCAACUGAGAAGCCUCACGGCCGAAGACAGCAGUAGCCUUAUUCUGCCCGCAGCAGAGAAACCUGCAGCUUCCAAAAAGCGUCUCAUUGAAGAGAUUUCCACUACAGAUAAGCCAGAGAUGCACAAGCCUGCCUACGAAAUGACCACCAAGAAGGAUGCAGAUGAGAAACCCUUAGAAAUCGAGCUGAAAAUUGAACUGCCAGAUGUUUGCGGUGUGUCCGAGUGUAAUUUGAGCGUCUCUAAGGAUGAUGUCUUGGUUGAGUGCCUUGAAAAAUACAGACUGCGGGUGGAUCUUCCAGUGACUGUGGAUGAAGAAGCAACAUCAGCAACUUUUGAUAAGAAGAAAGGGGUCUUGCUCGUCAGAAUGCCUGUGUACAGGGGAAAAUGACAUCAGCUGAUGCGGUGUGGGAAUACACAUUCUCCCCUUCUCUUGAUUCACUUCCUCUCCUUUCCUGCACUUCCUAUUUGGCCUUUUGCAGAGGUUAAGAUUAAGUGUAUUGGUUAUAUAUUAAAUUUUAUGGUUUUUAUAGUUUUUAUUAAUUUUAAAUGGGGUUUUAGUUUUCUAUAUAUUUUAAAUUUUUAGGCAAAGUAUAAUAAGUUUUUUAAUCUUGCAUUUUAUAUAAUAUUGUCUUGUCUGUUUUUAUUUGCCUGUACACCGCCCUGAGUCCUUCGGGAGAAGGGCGGUAUAAAAAUCAAAUAAAUAAAUAAAUAAAUAAAUAAAUAUAUGCCUGUAUUUUAUUUCUCUUUUGAGUUUUAAGGCUAAAUUUCUUGCUGCCUUUUGGGGAUGCAAAAAUCCAGGAUAAAAUGCACCCCUAAAGACACCCUUUUAACAUAUGAUUCUUCUGAAGGCAUAGUUUCUACUGUAAAAGAUUAACAAAUAAAUAAACUCUUAUUUCCCCCAUUAACCGAAACAAUAAAGGAAAAAAUACUAUUGUUUUCAAUCAUUGCUGGAUUUAAAUUAUUUUUUAAACAAUUCUGAGAACUUCCUGUAGUCUUAGAGAUCAGCUUAUAUUUUCUUGAAGAAGCAGGGGAAAAUACUGUUAUGGGUGGAACGUUUUUGAAUCCAAAGCCAACUUGUUUCUCCAAUUGCUUAUUCUUUUAAGCCUCCUGUGUUGUUUUGCCAUUUUAACAUAAAUACACUUUCAAAGAAUGCUUAAAGAAAUAAGUGGACAAAACAUUCAAGAUUACAUCUGCAACUGUAUGUUUGAAGUUGUGCUCAAAUAAAAAUGGGCAUAACUUUGAUCUGGUUAUAGCUGCCAUAUUGUCUUUUACUAUAUCCAAGGACGCAACUGAAGGGACGCGAUUUCUUAACAAAAGGCUCGUUCAAGUGCUGAGUAUUGCAGAGGAACUCUUUCCUACCUUUCGGUUCACUUGGAUUUUUAAAAAAAAAUCGCUAAAAACAUUCAAAAUGACUCCAGAGUUAACAGCAGUGGCCUUCCAGACUUGAGAUUCCAAGUGCCGUC